AUGGUGUCUUCCGCUUCGUCUUGGGCUCUAUAUAAUGUCUAUCAUCCUCAUAUUCACCUGUGGUCCCAUAGCUGGGAUGGCGUGGGCGCAGAUCGCAAAUCCCAGUACGCUUGCCACAAUGUCAGGUUGAAGCAGCCAACUGAUGUCGCCCUCGCAGGCGGCCCUCUCUUCGUCAAUAACGACCUUUUCUUCUUCGUCCUCGCUAGCUUCUGUACUUUUGUUACUAUCUCGACGUGCUUUGGUCUCUACUCCGCGCUCUGCCGCUCACUCACGCUCACCCGCAUGUACCGUGCCCUGCUGUGGCUGCAAUCCGCGCAGAGUAUAGGAGUGGGGAUCUACCUUCUCAUUUGGCUCUACCGUGAGACACGACUGCAGUGGGACGCACUGUGCGACCUGGUCAGCGGUGCCGACAAAGUGAAGUGCGAGACGUGGAUGGGCAUCUUUGUCGCAUCAUAUACAGGGGCGAUCGUGGUUCUAUGGCUCUGCCAGAUAUAUAUCCUCAAGCUCGUUCACAAGUUCAUAGCGGUUCUUCGUGAGGACAAGUCGCUCGCGCAACCCAUGGCUGGCCUGGAGGAAGCAGCCAGCAUCGACGAGGCUGGACAUCACGCCCCGACAGUCCAGCUCUCAUUGGCAUCGUCGGAAGACAAAGACAGCAUAGACGUCAGCGCAGGACAGCGCCCACCCUCUGCGUAUGAGUGCUUGGCCGCCGAACGGAGACGAUUGGCUGCGCAGCGCAAGCGCUUUGCGAAGAAGUCGGCGGAGUACCUUGCGAGGAAGGCUCGCGGGCUCUCGCAUGGUCCCUCUCCCGAGCAGGAAUAUUUGAGAGUGCAUGGAUUGGAGAUAGAGGAGGUGGACAGAGAGAUCCGCCGUCACUGA